AUGAGUAGCGACCUCACAGAGAAGCAGACCACAGCGUCGGAGAUCGAGGCCCAGCCCGCCUCCCUAGGCGGCGCUCUUCACGAUGUCAGCGAGAAAGUCGACUACGACAGAACGGGCGCCAUCGAUGCCGAGGAGGUCGAACAUAGAAUGACUGUGCUUCAGGCUGUCAAGGCCUAUCCUGCUGCCAGCUGGUGGGCAUUCGUGAUGUCAUGCACCAUUAUCAUGGAGUCAUACUGUGUUUUCUUGAUGGGCCAGUUCAUAGCCACAGCAAGAUUCGCCCAGGACUUUGGUGUAUGGAGCGAGAAAUCAGGAGAGUACAUUAUCGUCGCUUCGUGGCAGUCCGCAUUCCAGUGCAGCGGGCCACUCGGUGCCUUCAUCGGUGUUUUCGUCGCGGGUCCCAUUACCAGUUGGAUUGGAUAUCGAUGGGCAACCAUUGGCGGUCUCAUGUGCUUGAAUGCCUUCAUCUUCGUCUUUUAUUUCGGUAACAGCCAGGGCAUGUUUUUCGCGGCCCAGAUCCUGGAAGGCAUCCCGUGGGGCAUUUUUAUCGCCAAUGCACCCGCCUACUGUGCCGAAAUUGUGCCAAUGAGAUUGAGAGCUCCGGCGACGCAGAUGUUGCAGAUGUUCUGGGCGAUUGGAUCAAUCAUUGUCGGCGGUAUUACUUACCACUACCAAUCUAAGAAUGACUCGUCCGCCUACAGAGUUCCCAUUGCACUCCAGUGGAUGUUCCCUACCCCCCUCGCUAUUCUACUCUUCUUUGCGCCUGAAUCGCCCUGGUGGCUGGUACGAAAGGGCCGUCUGGCUGAGGCAGAGAAGGCUGUCAAACGUCUUGGACGCGCGAGUGCAAAUGAUAAUCCCGCUGACGCAGUCGCAAUGAUGCGUCGCACGAUAGAACUCGAGAAAACCGAGAAGAAGCCCACCCUCGCUGAACUGUGGAAGGGUACCGAUCGCUACCGCACAUUGAUCGUGUGCUGUGUGUACGCGUCUCAGAAUCUGACGGGCAAUCUGAUCGCUAACCAAGCGACCUACUUUUUCAAACAGGCCGGCAUGUCAGAAAACACCGCAUUUGCACUUGGUCUCAUCACUUCUGCCCUCCAAUGGAUAAUGGUGAUGCUCUCUUGGAUCCUCACCACGUAUCUCGGCCGACGCACCAUUUAUGUCUAUGGUCAAUUGAUCGCCACCAUCUUCUUGAUCGCGCUCGGUAUUGCGGGUUCAUGUGGCACUGGUAAUGCGGUCAACAAUGCGGUAGCAUCACUUGGCUUGAUCGUCUCCGUCCUGUUCUGCUUGGGACCCGCCCCUGCCUCAUGGGUCAUCAUCGGCGAGACAUCUUCCGUUCGUCUCAGGCCGUUGACAACCGGUAUUGGACGAGGUGCCUAUUACUUGGUCAAUAUUCCUUGCAUCUUCCUUUCCAGCUACUGUCUCAACUCUGAUAAGUGGAACCUGGGCGGCAAGACCGGCUACGUCUGGGCUGGUACCGCCUUGGUCUGCACCGCCAUGUCUUGGCUCUGGGUCCCAGAGAUGAAGAACAGGUCCUUCCGUGAGAUCGACAUUCUGUUCAACCGUCAUGUCCCGGCUCGCAAAUGGAAGCAGACAGCCAUCGAUAUUCGCGAUGAUGAGUAG